AAGUUGACAUUCGUGGUACUGUCAUUGUGAAUGAUGUGAAGUGUGUCAAAUGAAAUGCAUGUUUGCUCGUUUGAUUUUAGCAAAAAAAUAUCAGCUAAAAUUUUAUGAUUUGGUGGUGGUUUAUCCAACAUUCAAUAUCAUUUAGAUUUUUUUAGAAGUGACUAUCUCCACCUAAAAUCAAAUAUACUAUUGCUGACACAUAAUAUGACUCUUUUGCAGAGAGUAUUUCGUUCUGUGAGGAAUGGACACAGAUAUAUUUUACCUCUUGCAUCAGUUCCUGUCAACAAAAACCAAAGAGUAUUAAGAAAUUAUAGCCAAAGUAAACAAGAUACAGAGGCAAAAGAACUUAAGUCACCAGCAAUAUCAGUAUCAACUGAGCAUGAAGAGCAUCAAUAUGAGGAGAGUAUUAAAAAUCGCAUCUUACUUAGAGCUUUAGAAUAUGUACCAAAAACUGGUUGGUCUGUCGAAUCACUUAGUGCAGGUGCAGAAUCAGCAGGGUAUCCUGGUAUAACACAUGGUUUAUUUCCAAAUGGAGGGGGUGAUCUAGUUCAUUACUUCAAUGUCAAAUGUAACGAAAAUUUAGUUGAGCAGAUGAAGAGUUGGCCUAAAGAUGAUUUAAAGGAUAAUAAGGUACCAUCUAAAUUUAUAGAGAAUGCUAUAAUGACCCGGCUUCUUAUGAUAGAACCUUACAAGAGCACGUGGCCUAAAGCAAUGGCAAUUCAAGCACUGCCAAAUAAUGUACCAAACUGUUUAGCUACUUUGCUUUCAUUAGUGGACGAUAUUUGUUAUCAUUCGGGUGAUCGAAGCGUUGAUUUCAACUGGUACAUUCGGCGUGUGGGAUUAGCUGGCAUUUAUAAAGCGAGUGAACUAUUUUAUUUGACUGACAAUAGCACAGAUUUUAGUAAAACUAGAAACUUCGUGUCCUCGCGCAUCCGAGAUGCUCAACUCAUACAAACGGCAUUGAACUUAAACCCAGUGGCUGCUGCUCCACAAACACUGACUGCUGCUUUUGUGACGGCCAAAAACAUGUUGGGUAUUAACACAUUGAAGUGAUAAUUUAAUUAUAGCUUAUAAAUAGUAUAAACAAGUAUAUAAAAUAUUUUGCUGUUAAUAAACAAAACAUUUACAUGUUAAGUCUCUUGUUUUAUUAGUGUGUAUAAAGAACAAAAUUAUGGUGGUACAAACAAAUUUUAUUAAAAUAAUUGUUUUGUAUAAAAAUUUAUAAACAUUUCUAUUCUACACAUUAUAAAUUACAGUCCAGUAUGUGUAAAUAGGAUUACAAUAUAUGCUGAGAAUGAAGUUUUUGAAGGCACAUAAUAUUUUCAUUUGCUAUGAAGGUACUAUGUAAUCACUUCCCUGAGCCACAUAAGAUAUUAAAUUGGGUGGUAAAGGUAAUUUGCUCCAAUCAUUUGCUGUAACAGUCUGCCUAAUCACAAAUCUACAUAUCAUUUGUAAUGAAUCCAGUCUUGCAAAUCUAAAAAAAAAGAAACAAUAAUAUUAUGU